GAAAAAGAUCUAUAAAUAUGGAGCCAUCUCCAUUACAAGUGACCGGCUGCUGCUCGUCGUCUCUCAAACUCUCAAUGGCGUUGGCGUUCUUGGUUUUACUAGUGCUAUUAGCCCCGGCGGUUCAUGUCGUCGUCGGUCAGGAGCCAGGCUUCUUGAGUAUCGACUGCGGCCUGGACGACAAGUACAGCGGCUACACGGACCAAGGCACCGGCAUCGUCUACGUCCCCGACGGCCCGUACAUCGACACCGGCGAGAACCACGUGGUGGCCGUCGAGUACCAGUCCCAGUCGGUGCCACGCAGGUACCUCACUGUCCGGAGCUUCCCGACCGGCGUGCGGAACUGCUACGGGCUGCCCACGGUGGAAGGGAACAAGUACCUGGUGCGGGCGGAGUUCGAGUACGGCAACUACGACGGCAAGAACAGCAAGUUGGUGGAGUUCGACCUGUUCCUGGGGGGCAACUUCUGGGAGACGCCGAACGUCAGCCGCAACAUUGUGUGCGAGGCGCUUUUCGUGGCAUGGGCGGGCUGGACGCCGGUGUGCCUGGUGAACACCGGCCUCGGCACGCCGUUCGUGUCCGUGCUAGAGCUCAGGCCGCUCCCCGGCGCGCUCUACCCGCCCGUCACGCCCGGCUUGUCCUUGUCCAUUUAUUAUCGGCGUAGCAUGGGCCGUCAGAGCAGUUCGUUAAGGUUUUCGGACGAUCCAUAUGAUCGGAUCUGGUGGCCAAUGGAUAUCGCUAGCGCACAGUGGACAAACUUGUCAACCGAAUUGACCAUCCAGCCGGACCCCAGCUUCGCAGUGUCAUCGCCUAUCCUCCGGACAGCCGUUGCAGCAAUCGGCAAUGACACGGUGCUCACCGUCACGGCAUGGCAAGAUUCCAGGAAGACGUACUCCUUUAUGGCGUUCCUUCACUUCGCUGACUUUCAGAACACUCAGCUCCGGCAGUUUGACAUAUACUUCAACGGCAACCAACUAGGAAGCUCGUACAACCCUUCGUCCCUGGUUGCUUCGUGCGUCUAUAGCUCCUCCGCCUUGAACACAACCACCGAUGGCACCUACAACAUCACUCUCGCCGCCACCGCCAAGUCCAUGCUACCCCCAAUGAUCAACGCUUUUGAGAUUUAUAAUCUCAUCCCACACAGUAUUCCGACGACAUUCUCUAAAGACAUUGACGCCAUCAUCGCUAUCAAAUUUGAGUAUGGCAUACAAAAAAACUGGACGGGUGACCCAUGUUUUCCAACGAUAUAUGCUUGGAACGGUGUGAAAUGCAGCAAUAUAAGUGAUGACACUACGAGGAUAACAUCACUAGAUCUCUCCAACAACAACUUGCGUGGUGUCAUAUCUACGAAUUUUACAUUGCUCACUGCACUCGAGAAUUUGGAUUUGUCUUAUAACAACUUAAGCGGGUCAAUACCUGAUUCCAUACCAAGUUUGUCCUCCCUACGAGUUCUAAAUUUGUCUGGCAACCAUCUGAGUGGUGAGUCCCUAUGUAAAAAUUACACCGGAUCACUUGUCUUCAGAUAUGGGUCUGAUGGGCAUAUGUGUAACAAAACAAUAAGCACGUCAAAAAACAGAGCAGUUGUCAUAGCUAUUUCAGUAGUGGUUCCUGUCCUGGUUGUGGCUCUACUUCUUCUUGCAUAUUUCGUCUGGAGAGAGAAAGGAAAUCCUACUGGUGGGCAUCCUCUUGUCCUAUCCUUUUCCACACAUGAUCCCACAAGAGAUCCACCACUUGAGAGUGCUCUGGGAAGUACAAAAAUUCACGAGGAGCACCUACCAAAUACCGAGAAUCGCCGGUUCACGUACAAGGAUCUGGAGAAGUUCACUAAUAAAUUCAAACAGGUCAUAGGGAAAGGAGGUUUUGGGCUUGUGUACUAUGGCCGUUUAGAAGACGAUACUGAUGUUGCUGUCAAGAUGCGUUCUGAAUCAUCAUCACAUGGGCUUGAUGAAUUUUUGGCUGAGGUUUGGAGCCUGACAAAGGUGCAUCACAGGAAUAUAGUGUCUUUGAUUGGUUACUGCUUCGAGAAUGAUCAUUUGGCACUGGUUUAUGAGUACAUGUCUCAGGGCAGUCUUUUUGACCAUCUGAGAGUUAUCUUCUGUGAAAACAUUGAAGGUAAAAAUGGUGUUGCUGAAACCUUCAAUUGGGGGACACGUGUACGAGUAGUGCUUGAAGCUGCACAAGGUCUGGAUUAUUUGCACAAAGGUUGCAGCCUGCCAAUAAUUCACCGGGAUGUGAAGAGCAACAACAUUCUCUUGGGUCAAAAUCUGCGAGCUAAAAUAGCAGAUUUGGGACUAAGCAGAACAUAUCUUAGCGAUGCUCAAACACACAUAUCAGCCACUGCAGCAGGCACACCUGGUUACAUGGAUCCUGAGUACUACCUCACUGGAAGGCUCACCGAGAGCAGCGAUGUUUACAGCUUUGGGGUUGUUCUGCUUGAAGUAGCCACCGGCGAGCCUCCGAUGGUGCCUGGCCACGGUCACAUCGUCCAACGCGUUAAACGGAGGAUCGCCACCAGCGACAUAAGCUCGGUUGUUGAUGCACGGCUUGGAAGUGCCUACGACAUCAAUUCCAUGUGGAAGGUGGUCGACACUGCUAUGAUGUGCACGGCGGAUUCUGCUGCUCAAAGGCCAACGAUGGCCGCCGUUGUGGUACAGCUGAAGGAGAGCCUAGCGUUGGAGGAAGCUCGCGAGAAGGAUAGUAUCUUCAGGAGUGAUAUAGCAGCUAUGGUGUCCACAUUUGGUCCAUUGGCAAGAUGAAGCUGUCUGCGUGUAUCUGUACCUCUAUUUGAUGCAUCGUUGAUGGGUCUCUGCUACAAGUCUACAACGGGCGUUUUGAUGAACGAUUUGUCAUGUGAAGGCACACUAGUAUAUGUUUGUGCAUUGUUUUGAAUCUACAAUAGCUUGUCUGUGCAAAGUUUUUGAGAACCCCAUGCUUCUGUGUUCGUUUGUUUUGUUUCUUUUGGAUUAUCCAUGUUUAUAUUCCAUAAAUGGAACAACAUAAAGGCUUGAUUUUAAUCUGAAGCAAGUAUUGAAAAGGUUAUGCCU